UCAUUAUUAUAGGGAUUCCAGUCGGUGACAGUGACACAGAACUGCGCGUAAAGAUGGCAAUGACGGACACAGAGCGGGGGAGCUCCAAUCGAGCCGAGUCUGGGUCCCCAUUCUCUGAGAUAAUUGAACUGAAUGUCGGGGGACAGGUGUAUGUGACACGGCACAUAACUUUGGUCGCCGUCCCAGACUCGCUCCUCUGGACCAUGUUCAGCAAGAAGGCUCCAAAGGACCUGGCGCGAGACGGCAAAGGGCGCUACUUCUUGGACAGGGACGGUUUCUUGUUCCGUUAUAUUUUAGACUACCUGCGGGACCUCAACCUGGUGCUGCCUGAUUUUUUCCCCGAGAAAAGCCGGCUGCAGAGGGAGGCUGAGUUUUUCCAGCUGCGGGACCUGUCCAAGCGCCUGAGCCCCAGGAUGAGCAAAGAGAACUCCAUCAACGAGGAGAUUUGCCAGAGCGACACCGAGGAGGGUGCGCUUCAGUGCGGCACCGGGUCCUCCGGCGUUGGCAUGGAAACUUUGCGCAUGAUGACUGCAAUGAGCAGCGCUCGCUCCCAGUCUCUGGAGUCCAGAAAGUCGGGCUACAUCACAAUUGGAUACCGGGGAUCGUACAAUAUAGGGAGAGAUAUCCAAACCGACGCGAAGUUCAGGAGAGUGGCGCGCAUCACGGUGUGCGGGAAAACUUCCCUUGCCAAAGAGGUGUUCGGGGACACUUUGAAUGAGAGCAGGGACCCCGACCGGCCACCGGAGAGGUAUACGUCCCGUUACUACCUGAAAUUCAAUUUCCUUGAGCAGGCGUUUGACAAGCUGACCGAGGUUGGCUUUCACAUGGUGGCUUGUAGCUCCACGGGCACAUGCGCCUACACCAGCAAUGACCCAAACGAGGAUAAAAUCUGGACGAGUUAUAACGAGUAUGUGUUCUGUCGGGACUAAAAUGUUAAUAUGGUCACCACCUGAGCCCACCCGCUGCCAACAGAAAAUUACUGUUUUGUGUUUACUUGUGUAAAUAGGCAUCUCAUAAUUUCCACAAAGAGAAUAGGGCCUGCAUAUUUGAUCUUUGACAUUGUCUCCAGCAUAUAUUCUUCCAUGUCAUUAUUUAAAAUCUCUUUACAUAUUUAAUGGUAAAUACCCACAGCCUAUAGGUCAAUACACACUAACCUAGAAUUCCGGAUGUUAUCAUAUGUUAAUUUGCCUUGUGGAGGUGGCUAUUGAAUGAAUUAAUUUAAUGAUAUCUUACACACACGCACAUGUAACAGAUGUCCCAUGAAGACAAGAAGACAGGUCAUACUUAAUAAUUCUCUUGAGUUGUGUUUAGAAAGGACUGUCCAGCCAGCGAUCCCAGAUUGGUGUUUCUUCGGAAGAUAGACACAAAGAAGCACAUUAGAUGUGCCGGACAACAAUAUGUUGAUGGCUGUAGAUUAGUGAUUUGUCUUUUAGCAUGGAAAUAACUGUGAAUUAGCAGGGAGCUAAUGCRACCAUUACAAUUAGGGCAUGCUAGCUAACUUGCUCUUACAGCAAUAACAUACAAAAGCACACCCCAGGAAGCCCUCAAUAUCUAACAGGGAACACACACACACAUAUAUAUAUAUACACUAAUUAUACAAAACAUUAAGGAUACCUGCUCUUUC